CCAGCCCGCCAGUGCCCUCCACCUCCCUGUGACAUCAUGGCCUUCCUCUGGCUCCUCUGCUGCUUCACCCUCCUGGGCACAGCCCGCGGCUGUGGGGUCCCCGCCAUCCAGCCCGUGCUGAGUGGCGUGUCUAGAAUCGUCAAUGGGGAGGACGCUGUCCCUGGCUCCUGGCCCUGGCAGGUGUCCCUGCAGGACAAGACCGGCUUCCACUUCUGCGGGGGCUCCCUCAUCAGCGAGGACUGGGUGGUCACUGCUGCCCACUGCGGAGUCAAAACCUCCGACCUGGUCGUGGCAGGGGAGUUCGACCAGGGCUCAGAUGCCGAGGACAUCCAGGUGUUGAAGAUUGCCAAGGUUUUCAAGAACCCCAAGUACAACAGGUUCACCACCAACUACGACAUCACCCUGCUGAAGCUGGCCACGCCCGCCCGCUUCUCCGAGACCGUGUCCGCCGUGUGCCUGCCCAACGCUGACGACGACUUUGCUGCCGGGACCCUGUGCGCCACCACCGGCUGGGGCCUGACCAAGUAUAGCAAUGCCGACACCCCUGACAAGCUGCAGCAGGCAGCCCUGCCCCUCCUGUCCAACGCCAAGUGCAAGAAGUUCUGGGGCAGCAAGAUCACCAACUUCAUGGUGUGCGCAGGCGCCAGCGGCGUCUCCUCCUGCAUGGGCGACUCCGGCGGCCCCCUGGUCUGCCAGAAGGAUGGAGCCUGGACCCUGGUGGGCAUCGUGUCCUGGGGCAGCGGCGUCUGCUCCACCUCCAGCCCUGGCGUGUAUGCCCGUGUCACAAAGCUCAUACCCUGGGUUGAGGAGAUCCUGGCCAGCAACUGAGCCCCCAGCCCUGCCCUGGUCUCCCUGCCAACCUGCUCCCAUGAGCCUCAAUAAACCUGUGAGAAUC